AUGAGCCCGAACACGUCUUACAAGGUCCGCAGGACACCGCAAGCCUGUAUUGCAUGUCGCCGACGAAAAACAAAAUGCGACGGCGUUCGGCCGCGUUGUCGGCAUUGCUCAUCACGGCACCGGCAAUGUCUAUGGCCCGAUGACGCGGAGCCCUCACCUCACCCUGAUGCGCCCCCGUCACCAGUAGCCACAACAGUUGCCACCGCAAGCCCAUCUUUGGUGCCUUAUAGUGUGCCUUCAUCGCUGCCAGAGUGGCCAGGCGUCAAGAGAUGCCUGGACCUGUUUGUUCAGUACCACUGGGCAACAGACUUUUGCUGUUUCAUUCAUCGUCCCGAUUUCGACGCACUCUACUCUGAAACACCUUUUCUAACUACCGCCAUCAUAUCGUUAUGCUCGCGGUAUUUGACUCACGCUGAGGCACAAGACUUAUUUGGAUGUGACAACGCCCAUCAGGUUUGGGCGCGAUACACUCCCAUAGCCAGGAGUUUAGCGAAAGAGGCCUCAGAUGAGCCUAGCGUACCAAAUAUUCAAGCUAAUCUGGUGCUUGGACAAUCUGAGCUUCUUGCUGAUGCUGGGUCGAGCCACUGGAUGCACAUAGGCACAGCAAUACGAAUGGCCCAGAUUAUGAGAUUGAACAGGGAGUUUCAUCAAAGGAACUCUCUCAAAGAGCAAGAGAUCCGCCGGCGUACCUUCUGGGCUUGCCUUCUUUUUGACCGGCUAAUCGCUUUCCUUCUGGCAAAACCACGCACCCUAUACGAAGUGCACAUCUCCGUUGCUCUUCCCAUAUCCGAGACCUCACUGGCAUAUGGAGAGACGACGAGCGGCUUGACGCUAAAUAAUCUUGCAGUUGGCAGCUUCAUGGGCCGAGUGUCGGAUACUGGUCUGAUGCCCUUUUAUAUAAAGACGCUCACUAUAUGGAGCGCAAUUGCGGACAUUAAGGUUUGCGGUGGUAGGUUCUUUGAGAAAGCUUCACCAACUCACCCUGCUAGUCGCUUUCACCAGCGGCAUCACAAACUUAGGGAAUGGAUAUCAUCGUUGCCUUCGAGUCUGGCUUGGAGCAAAGACAACUAUAAUCUUCAUAGCUCGGUGGGACAAGGGGGUAUCUUCGCCACGAUGCAUUUCCUCCUUCACAGUGCAUUUUGUGUUGCGCACCAAUUAUAUUUGCCACAGACGAACGGCCAAGCGAUUCUCAGCGACAAGCUAGACUCUAGCGGCUGGUCCUUGCUACGAAGAGAACCAGCUUUCAUCAACAUAUGUGUUUCUAACGCGCUGAUGAUUGGUGAAAUAGCAUCGACGCUGUGGAAGACCGGCGGCUCUGCUAUCGCUCAGCUGCAAUCAGUAUGGAUCGCGAAUGCAAUGCUGUCUGCGGCUCCAACGUUCUUAUGGUUACAGUUCGCAGGCGACCUCGAAGGGAUCCAGCACGAGACGCGAGGUCAGGCACAGGUAUACUUGUCCCUGUUUACCACCAUCAUGUCGACAUGGAACACGUGGGCAGUUGCGAAGCCGUGGAGAAAUACUAUCAAAGUUUGGACAGCAGUAUAUCGACUCGUCUACCUUGGAGAGCCCAUUAACAUCAACCUGGAUGGCAGUGAUGACGAAACAGCGGGUCAGGAGAGUCUAGACUACUUCGCCGACUCAUACCUAAGAUCGCAAUAUCGACCAGAGCCAGGAAAUGGUCUAUGCCCAUUGCCCGGCGAUGGGUCACAUUCGGUCAGGGAAGCUUCGUAUCUUAACAACACACUGAGACUGAAUGUUAUUGACGAAGCUGCAAAGAGAGCAUUGCUGCAUGGUAUGUGGCUACAGCUGGCGAAUGGGUGGCCGAAUGACUUUGGCGGCAUGGACGAGUUCUCAUUUGACUUUCCUGUAGCUCAAUGA